AUGCCUGUGACAAACCAACCGGGGAGAUAUGAACUCGCCGACUUCCAGUCCGGAAUGUUUCAGUGCCACCAUGACAUUAAAAUUUGCCUCCUUGGCAGCUUUUGCGUCUCUUGCCUUGGCUGCAUCAUCGCCAGUGACAUGGACGAGUGCUGCCUGUGUGGGAUGGACAUGGCCAUCCGCAGCGUCUACAGGACCAGAUACAACAUCAAAGGAUCGAUGUGUAACGAUUGUGUGGCGAUGUCGUGCUGUAGGCCGUGCACCCUCUGCCAGCUGAAGAGAGAUAUCGACCUCAGGAAGCAGCAAAACAUUUUCUGAGCAGGUAACUGCUUUUAAACAUACACACACAAAAAAGAUUUACAUUUAUACAGCUGCUGAAAUGAUGGAAAAUCACAUGCUGACUUUAUGCCCUCCAGAUGCUGUCAUGACAACAGAGAUGCUAUAAAUCUGCUGGAUUGCAGCCCUCAUGUAUCUCUCUG